CCCCGCCGCCCCGCGCCGAGGCCGGGCCGAGCCGAGCCGAGCUGGGUCGGGCCCGGGCCAUGCUGCUCACCGUGUACUGUGUGCGGAGGGACCUCUCCGAGGUGACCUUUUCCCUCCAGGUCGACGCCGACUUCGAGCUGCACAACUUCCGCGCGCUGUGUGAGCUCGAGUCCGGCAUCCCCGCAGCUGAGAGCCAGAUUGUCUAUGCUGAAAGACCUCUCACAGACAACCACAGAUCACUGGCUUCUUAUGGCUUAAAAGAUGGCGAUGUUGUGAUCUUACGACAGAAGGAGAAUGCAGACCCUCGACCUUCAGUGCAGUUCCCAAACUUACCCCGAAUAGACUUCCGUAGUAUAGCUGUGCCUGGCACGUCAAACACCCGGCAGCGCCAGCAACCAGGAGCACAGCAGUCCCACUCAUCUCCUGGAGAAAUAGCUUCAUCUCCUCAGGGCUUGGACAAUCCUGCCUUGCUCCGAGACAUGUUGCUGGCCAACCCCCAUGAGCUGUCCUUGCUGAAGGAACGCAAUCCACCCUUGGCAGAUGCUCUGCUCAGUGGAGAUCUUGAGAAAUUUUCUAGGGUUCUGGUGGAACAGCAGCAGGACCGAGCCAGGAGAGAGCAAGAAAGGAUUCGUCUCUUUUCUGCAGACCCUUUUGAUCUUGAAGCUCAGGCAAAGAUAGAAGAAGAUAUAAGGCAACAGAACAUUGAGGAAAACAUGACAAUAGCUAUGGAAGAGGCUCCGGAAAGUUUUGGCCAAGUAGUGAUGCUUUAUAUUAACUGCAAAGUGAAUGGACAUCCUGUGAAAGCCUUUGUCGACUCAGGUGCCCAGAUGACUAUUAUGAGCCAAGCUUGUGCAGAAAGGUGUAACAUAAUGAGGCUGGUGGACCGUCGGUGGGCAGGGAUCGCCAAAGGAGUGGGCACCCAGAAGAUUAUUGGAAGGGUACAUCUAGCUCAGGUUCAAAUUGAAGGAGAUUUCCUGGCAUGUUCCUUCUCUAUACUUGAGGAACAGCCCAUGGACAUGCUUUUGGGACUGGACAUGCUGAAACGGCAUCAGUGUUCCAUUGACCUCAAGAAAAAUGUACUCGUGAUCGGCACCACAGGCUCAAAGACCACCUUCCUUCCUGAGGGGGAGUUACCAGAGUGUGCCCGGUUGGCAUAUGGGGCCGGGCGAGAGGAAGUACGGCCAGAGGAGAUUGCAGACCAAGAAUUAGCAGAAGCCCUUCAGAAAUCCGUAGAGGAUGCAGAGAAAAGCGGUAAAGAAACUACCUCACUGGGAAUGUCAUCAUUACCAACUUCAGAUGGAUUUAACCAUCAAGCCCAUCCUUCAGGACAGAGUCCUGAGAUUGGUAAUCCUGCAAGUCUUGCUCCCUCUGUCUCUGCUUCAGUCUGCCCUAUCAAGCCCAGUGACCCAGACAGCAUUGAACCUAAAGCUGUGAAGGCUUCGAAAGCUUCAGCUGAGUUCCAGGUAACCUCUGAAAAGAAAGAACAUCUUCCUCCACAGGAUCUUUCAGAUUGUACUUCUUCAGCAGACGAUGCUCCAGCGAACCAGAGUCCAGCUAUGCCUUUGCAGAGUUCACUCGAAGAAGCCACUGUUGCAGAUAACCCUGAGAAAGCUGCUGAAAGAAGCACCCAGGGCCUCAAAUCUCAUCUCCACACAAGACAGGAAGCUCAUUUAGCUGUCACAACUACUAGGAUGCAAGAACCACAGAAGCUUAAAGGUGAAGAAGGUUGGCAUCCAGAAUAUCAGGACCUGAGUCAAGUGAAUGGCCUUCAGCAGCAUGAAGAACCAAGGAAUGAACAGCAGGAGGUUAUACAACAGAAUGCUCCACAUGACCGAGAAGAUCUUUGUAACACAGGGGACCUUGAGCUUCUUGGAGAAAGGCAACAGAAUCAACAAAGAAAUGUUGAUUUGGAAGCUACAAUGAAAGGAGACAGGCUACAGCAGAAUGUGGACCUUUCGGAUACAGAGAAAAAUAUGCUACCUUCAGGAUGCUUUGGCUGCUCAAAUUCAGAAACACUUAUGGAAGUGGAUAUAGUUGAACAGUCCCUAGUUGCUGUGCUUAAUUCAGCAGGCAGUCAGAAUACGAAUGUCAAGAACAUUGGUGCAUCUGAUCUCACCUUAGAUAAUCCCUUGAUGGAAGUAGAAACGUCAAAAUGUAAUCCUUCCUCUGAAAUUUUGAGUAAUUCCAUUUCCACUCAGGAUUUACAGCUUCCAGAAGGUAAUGUUGAAAUGUCUGGAACAAGUAAAGAAUACGAGAAUUGCCCCUCCUCUUUAAUAAGUCUCUGUGGCAGUUGUCAGCCCUCUGUAGAGUCAACAGAGGAAUCUUGCUCAUCUAUAACAGCAGCCUUGAAGGAACUUCAUGAACUUUUGGUUAUUAGUAGUAAACCGGCUUCAGAAAACACAUCUGAAGAAGUUACCUGUCAAUCAGAGACAGUAACUGAGGGUCAGACAGGUAUUAAGGACCCUUCUGAAAGAUGGGCCCAAAAUGAGCAUCUUGCAGCUACCCAGAGUGAACAGUGUUCACAGGUCUCCAUUCAUCAGGCCAUAUCUGUAUCAGUGAAGAUGGAAGAAUUAACAGACACUUCAACUGACGGUGGAGUAGAAGAACUAGAAAAUAUUAACUUCAGGGAUCCAGGUCAUGGCCUGUUAACUGAUAAGGGAGGUGUCGCCGAGUCUAAAGAGUCAAUAAAUGAGAGCAGUUCUGUCACUCCGGCCUCAGCUGAAACAUCUAAUCAAGUUCAUUGCACCUUAGGUGUAGAAAUUUCACCCAGACUUUUAGCAGGUGAGGAGGAUGCACUCAAUCAGACCUCUGAGCAAACUGAGUCCUUGUCAUCCAGUUUCAUAUUGGUUAAAGAUUUGGGUCAGGGCAUACAGAAUCCAGUGACAGACAGGCCUGAGACCAGAGAAAAUGUCUGUCCUGAAGCUGCAGGGCCACUUCUAGAAUUUGAACCACCUACCAGCCAUCCAUCAUCAAGUCCCUCCUUUCUUGCACCAUUAAUUUUUCCUGCUGCAGACAUUGACCGGAUUCUCCGUGCUGGCUUUACUUUGCAGGAAGCUCUUGGGGCUUUGCAUCGAGUUGGUGGAAAUGCAGACCUUGCACUUCUUGUUUUGCUAGCAAAGAACAUUGUAGUUCCUACGUAACCAUGGAAAAGUGGGCUAGACCAUACUCCAUUUCCUGAAAAUAAGAAGCUAUAUAUCUACACACACACAUACACACUCACCACAUAUACAGUAUAUGUAGAAAUCUGCAAGCAGAAUGUUGAGCCAGAUUUUUUUUAAAGAUUUUUUUCGGCCAAAGUAAUUUAUGAUCUCUUGUCUGAUGAAUUUGUCUAUUUGUUAAAAUUUGGGCCUUUUUAAAUGUACUGGCAGUAUGUGCAUACAAAAGCUUUUUAUCAUCAUUAAGAUGAUGUAUUCUGGAAUAAAAUUAAUGGUUUUGUGUAUA